AUCGUGGGUGGCUUUACGUGAGCACGAGAACGAAACUUAUUCCGCGUUUUGCCGUCAUCUGAUUUCAUGCAUGCAUGGUCACUUAAUGUGCCGGAAAUAUGAGCUACGGAACGUACUUACUGACACGUCCUUUGAAAGCAAACGCAAGCGCAGGAAAUGUUUAAGCAGCGCCGAAGAGGCCAAAGCGCGAUCCACGUGAUAGCGAGGCCCGACGCUGCUGCUGCCACAGCUCUGUCGUAGGGCGUGACGUAGCCGGCGAGAUCGGGGAGCGAGAUUGAUUCUCAGCUGGUUGGCUCACUUGCCAACAUUUUUAUCGUCGCCACGCGACCAGCUGCACACAACCGUCCCGCCGCAGACACCAUGAACAACGACCGCUCAGCUGUUUUGCCUGACUCCACGCAGCAAGUUAUCCUGAACACGGGCAACAUUCUGGGCUGCAAGGACCUCACAAAAAAAGUUUUUCAGUCUCUUGGAGAGGAGCUCAUACAAAGCCUCACACUGGCUCUUGUCAAGUGGAAAUCGUCCAGCAACGAUGUAAAUUGUUCUGAUGGGAAAGUGCUGAAGUAUGCCAACAAGGACCUGCCAUGUCGAGUAGCCAUCAAAGAAAGGUCAACCCUCAAAAUCACAGUAAAGGUCUUCCUAAGUGGCUUUGAUGCAGCAGCUUUGGAAUCUGCUACACAUAAAGUGCUGGAGGAGCUCGGUGUGUCGGAGCUGGACUCUCUAAUUGUGGCCUUCCCACCAAGUGCAAAGUCCAGCACCGAAAAGGUGCGCCCCCUGUGGGCUGCCGCCGAGCAGCUCUAUCGCCAGGGCCUGGCACUCUCGGUCGGGGUUUGUGACCUGGACACAGCACAGCUGCGGGAUCUUCACUCGUGGGCUGAGGUGAAGCCAAGCGUCAACCAGGUGAACCUCGACUCGUGCUGCGUCAUACCCCAGGAGAUGCAGGAAUUUGCCAAGGCCAACAACAUUCAGCUCCUGACGCACAGUGACCCAAAGGUGCUGCUUGACCAUGAGGGCAUGGCCCGCCUGCUCAAGGGCUAUGUGGCAGAGGAGGACAUCUGCCACUGGUCGGCACCCUGGGUGGCCCGCUAUUCGGUGCUUGUCAAGUGUCGAGGCUUCCUGCAGAGCAAAGGCUACGUUGCCAGCCUCGUCAAGGAGCCAUAGUGAUCAAAAAGUCUCGUCUAGCCACAGGCACGAGACUGGACUGUAGCAUUGGGUAAUCGAGGUGCUGUACAAGCAAUUCUCCUCGGAUCAAAAGUCUACAAGACUGUGCAACCCAACCCUGAGCUUUCACAAGGAAGGUUUGGCUUGUGACAGAAACUCCUCCGCUGAUGCAAUGGAUAUAUGUGUGAAAGACAGGGACGGAAAAUGGAGAACAGGGAUUGGAAGGUGUGUGUGCAUCUUUUUUUUUUUUCUUUUUUCCAAAGCCAGGUAUUCCAUUGUGUUGGAGCAAGGGUUUUAUGUCAUUCUUAUUUUAACACCACUUUUCUGCAUAGAUAAGCGUGAUAGUCAUCGUACAAAUCUCAAGAUUGCGCAUGUUUGGUGUAUUUGUGUGCCUGGUUAAAUAUAUCGGCAUGCUUCCCAUCGAGUUAUAUUGACUCAGGAAUAGCAAUUGGUAAAGUGUGAGAGAGGCUACAUGAAAAGCCUGAAUGUUAGACUGGUGCAGACUUUCAUCUGUGAAAUUGUUUUGGAAGCGUAGCUGUAGUAGGAACUUCUGCUGUGGCAUCACAUAUGCAAAUGUGGCCAUCCUGUUAACUAUUUUAGUAGGGAAAAAAAGUUUUUUAUGGCAUGGUGUUAUAUACACAUCAACAUUUUUAGUGGACCAAUGAGUUUGGCACUUGCUCUAGGAGAGGGGGGGUGGGUCGAAAGCAAAGGUUCAUAUCAGUCGCCUCCACAUGCUGCAGCAAAACUUACGUGUAGAUAUGUUUUUUUCUUUAUCUGUUUAAUCCAGGGCAAAAAAUUUAGCUGAGAGUUUAUUGUUAUGUACUGCAAAUACCCUUGCAAACAGUAGUAUGAUGCACAACAGUCUGGUGCGUUUAAUAUAAGGAUCACAGUUGCCAGAUGCCACCAGGCUAACAUGGAAAUAAUCAUCCGAAAAGAAGCCCAAAAAAAGCAGUGCAACUUUUGUGAAUAAGCCCAAAAGAAGCGGUAGUUUACCAAAUUCUCUCAUUCUUGAAAAUAUCUUUUUAAUUAUAAUAAAAAUGUGGCUGAAAUACAAAGGGAAGGGAAAAAAAUAACUUUAAUCAUUUUGCACAGCAAAAAUAUGCACAACUGUCGUAAAAUCCCAAGCAAGCCCCUGCCUACGGUGAAGGAUAAUCCAAGAAGAUUUGGAGGGGGGGCCCUCACUCGGUCAUGGAUAAGAAUUCAAGAUGGCGACGGAAGAGCUGCUAAAAAUAAAGAAUGCACUCCCGGGCUUCUAAUGAAAUUCUUUAUUGAAUACGUAUGCAUUCACUGUUUCCAUUCGUCCUCGUCAGGCGAAUAAAAACAGUGAAUGAAACAGUGAAAAUGGUAGGAGAGGAGAAGGAGGCACAUAUUUGAAAUCUCCUGAAGAAGGGAGAGGGCUGCUUGCUCGGGAUUUUACGGAAGUACAUAUUGACAUUUUUAACAUAGUCCCCAGCUUAGUCUCCACUCUUUUCAUCGCACGUUUACCAUUGCAUGAAUAACGUUACUUGUUGACUGCCCGAACGUAUGUUUGAUUUCAACGCCAACUACAUGAAGUUAUCGGCAAAUGUGCUAUUAGUGAACAUGUGGGUGCUAAAACAACUAUAUUUGCAAUGAAAACGUGAAUGAGCCCAAAAAUACACAGCAAGCAACUGGAUAAUUAAUUCUACAAGCUACUCAGUGAAAAAAAACAACUCAAAGCCGUUUGUUACAGGGGGAACUGGCAACUCUGAUGAGGAUCACAACAUGUAUGCACAAUGAAAAUGCUAGCACUGUGUAACUAACUUGACCUGUCAUCUUCAUCUUGUGUACAUUGUGUAUGCUGUGUGGCAGCCAAAAAUUAUGGAUAAGCUGCUGGCAUUAUUAUGUUGUUAUGUUUUAGUGUGAUGAGAUGAGGCGAACAUGUAUAGCCUACAAUUCUUUAAAGGAAUACUGAACAAAAAUAAAAAGAAAUGAUUAAAACAUUGAAAUUUCACUCGGUAGAUGCAACUGUUCCAGUGCAGGUUGAUUUAACAUACUUUUGAACAGUUGGCUGUAUUUUUGGAGGAUUGUGAGCGCAUAGUGGCUGCACGCCAGCUUGUGCGAAGCUGUACAUUGACGGCCCUCAUGUCAAGCAUCUUCGUGGUAGAAGCAGGGCGAACACUUUCCCGUCCUGCCACUUCCCUUUCUCCACCUCUCACUUGCAUCCCGCUCUCCCCCUCCCACAAAGGCAAGUGCCCCACCAGAGUGCAUUGUUGGCUGCCGGUGCUGUUUGUACUGGUUGUCGGAACCAUAGUGGGAGCGGAGCGGGUUGAGAGACCCGGGUGACAGCUGGCAUGGUUGGCACGCUCAUUUUCGGAGGCAUUAAACGUCUCCUCCUCUAGCUCACGUUGUGGCCAUUAGACACAGCAAUUCGUAAAAAACACAUUAAAUCCCUUUUUCUCUAGUUUUGGCCUGAAAGCAAGGUUGUGUUAACCAAUUUCAGCACCCAAGCUUUCAAUUGGGCUGGAAAUCUCGGCAGUAAAAGUUUUGUUCAGUAUCCCUUUAAGUGAAGAUGGAACCGUCAAAUUGUCUUGUGACUGGGCAGUGACUAAAACGAUACGGUUGACUGCUGUUCAUUCACCUUCAAUUUAAUCUAAUUGAAUUAAAUGCUUAGGCUCGAGAACACAAGGUAUCAGCCAGAAUCCCUUGUUUAAAUGGGGGCUUCUUCCAUGGCUCCCUUCACAAUGGCGCCAUUUCUCUCUCUCCAAGUACAUGCUACAAGGCUCUUUGGUUUUGCCUCUUUCUUUUUUAUCUUCCCUAAUUUUCUUCUGUGCCAUUGCACAGGCACUUUAUGACAAUAAGGGGCACUAACAACCAACCAAAACACAGUGGUGGAUUCCACACCGCCACAGUCAUUAGCGGGACGAUGAGAAAGCUGUAAUACGUCACACAUAUUUACGCCUUUAUAGCCUUCUUUCUUGCACUUAUGGUCAUAUAUGACACCACACUGGCAGCAAGCCUUCAGAACUGCAUGGUCGUGAUGACUGCAUGAAAAUAUAGUCUGGAUUAGCACCAUGGUUGUGAAACAGUAAUGUGGACAUGCACUUGAUAGUGAAAAGAUGAAAGGAUGGCUUCCGUGCUGUGGCCGCACCAGGAAGAGAGUUGUGAACCUCCACGAACUUGUCAAGCGGUCGUUGAAUUUUGGCACAGUCCUGACAAGGCACCCUUUUCGUAUCCGACUGGUUCGCGAAAGUUGCAUAGAAGUGAAAAUGCUUCAAAGAGAAGUAUCCUUUGUGAGGAAAUUAUGGGGGGGGGCGGGGGGGGCUGACAGAGAAUUGAUAAUUUUUCGUUGAGGCAGGAAUUUCUUUGUAGUGAGGUUCUGGAAUACAUUAUUUUGGUCUAAGGGCAAAAACCAUUGUGCGCCAUCUCCAGCUCUCGUGGCAUCAUUCCUCAUCGCAGUUUUAGGAGUUGAUUAGACAAAACUAGGGGAAAAAAUUGCCAUGCCUUUAUGGAUCUAUGGAUGCACAGUGCUAAUUAAAGUUGUCACAGUGAAUUUUUCUUUUUGGUAGACGAUAUCCAAAAGCUUUUGGCUCUCCAACAUGGAGCUGGCCUCAAUACUCUUGCUAAAGAGCUUUUGUGAAAUUGAAGAUGAUUUAAUCCAAUAAAUAUGUGCCUACAAGGCUGUGCAUGUGUGAGUGCAAUCGACAUGAAAUAAGUGCACAGUUCAAAUGUGCACAGGAAAAAACAUGACUACUAUAAAGCCCACCACUGCCCUAUUUAGCAGAGGCAACAAAAAUGUUUUUAUAAGCACAUCUUUAUUUUUGAACUGAAGUCAAGCCAUAGCAAUCAUUGAAGGGACACAGAAUCAGCUUGUCUGUUAAGUUAUUCUUUGAAAUCUCUGUCCUUAAUUUUACGAUCAUAGGUCCAUUAAUGCAAAAGAAAAUUAAUCCAGUGUUGCAUUUCCAUACUGUGCCAUAACUAGGGCUCCGUGUUUUCGGGGUUUAUGUUUCUUGAAAUUCGGAGGGUGUUUUUCGGAGUUCAUUUUUUGGCAGUAAUUCGGCGUUUAUCGGAGUUAAUCUUUCGUAAAUCCCUCAUUCUCACAAAUUCGGAGUUUAAUUUUGCAUUAUUCUCAAUACCCCAAUAUCUUAAAUGAACUGAAAAACAAUGAACGCAAGAACAUCAGGACACACGAAGUGUAUUUUAGUUGUCUGGAAGGUUUGAACGCACAAAACACAUAUACACAAAGCACAAAUGCUUAACACAAAACACCUACAUUUGUGCGUAAUACAACCUAAAGCUUGCUGUAAUAGAUGCAACAUAAAGUCCCUAGAUUUUUCCCUGUUCUUUCUUAAGUACCGACAACCAUAGAAGCGCCGCCGAGGAAUCUCAUUGGCUAACACUCGUUUUCGGUAGCCAUGUUCUUCCUAACGCUUUUCAAGCACUUGGUAAAACGCGUGCCCCGCUCACUAAUGACGGGGGGUUGGCGGGAGGAGAAAGGCCCGUCACGCUAGCAUAUUGUCCGCUGAAAGAUGUGUGGCUAAUGUACUUAGAUGUACGUGGCUUUGUAAAUCUUCCAAGUUGGGAAGAAAAUGGCGGCAGACGCUGGCUGUGCGUGAGAGAGGGCCGGGAAAGGAGGCAGUUGUCGAUACUUAGGCAAGAAGGGAAAAAUCUAAGGAAUUUAAUGCAACAUACUUUACGAGGUCCGUAUAAUCGAUAUCGUCUGGUGCGGCCCAGUGCUGCCAGGGGACCGUAUAUUAAAACGUCGUCUCGCUCUUCCGGGGACUUGCAUGUGUUGACGUAUCUCGCUCUGUGCGUGUCAAGCUCUUUGUUAAACGUGCGAUGGGUGCUGUCUACGACAUACCGACAUGAGGUAAAGUUUAUAUCGGCCAAACCAGUCGAUGUAUCAAUACCACUUAGAACAUGCCCUUUCGAUAAAUAAUGAAACAGAUGCGUAUUGGCCGUUAAAAUCUGAGUUUAUCGGAUAAAUCCUAAUUGUGAAAAAUUUUACCGGCGAGUGUUUUUUAUACGAAAACACAGAGCCUUAGCCAUAACCCUUACAGUGGGCCAUCAGUGUGGUGUCGAGGAUUUCAAAGGUGUUAUUUCUUUUUUUUCCAUGUCUGGGCCACACUGGCUUAAUAAAAGUCAUCAAAACUUGCCAUGUUAAGUCCUUGGCUUUUUGAACACAGUGGAGAUUUAUACUUAUACAAUUGUCUUCUCGAUAAAAGAUUCAAGUCUGUGUCUACUUUUCAGAAUAAACUGACUUCAGCAGCCACUAGCAGACACUGCACCGUAGCAAGACCAUUGUGGUCAGUGUUCGCAUGCUGACAUGUGAGGUUUUAAUUAAUAGGUGAGGAGCAUCUUUAGGAUCCAAGUAAUUAACAUUCUUCCACAUAAAUGCAGGACACCAGCUGGAUUCCUCAAUUUCUGAUCAAAUUAACCUGCGUUAAAUUAACCCUUUAUGGGGCAUAAUGUUACGAACAACGCAUGCCACCUAUUAAGGGCGGCAUUGUCAUUUCUAUCAGCUUCUUAUAAUAUGUACAAAAUUUUUGCUCUCCUUUGUUAAGGGUUAUGGGGAAAAAGUGGGACAUAUGUGUCCCACUGACCACUGAAGGACAGUUGUUUCAGAAAAAAAAAGUACUUUUAUUUUUUUAUGCAAAGUUGCUGCUGCCUUAUUAACUACAAAGUACAGAGCCUACAAACACCUACUCUCUAUUACAAAAAAAAACCAAAACCAAAAAUACUCAACUAAAUAUCCAUGGUACAUCCACUUGCUAACAGCACUCAAGCAGCAGAUGUGGGUACUGGGCAUGCCUGCAACAGUCUAAUUUUUGUCCAUGGAGGAAGCUCAGCUGCUUCUUCCACUGGAAGAGACUUCCCUGCGUGAAGCAGAAUGAAAAUUGAAUACUGAAAUCAGUUGCACACAAUGUUAGACUGGCUACGCUUUCGGAGAUAUAUCACUGAAAGGUUGUCAACUUUGCACUGCACAAAUUUUUUAGGAAACUGUAUGGGUAGGAACGAAUAAGACCACUAUAAUAGCACAUUUAGGAACUCGUGAGUAUGAAAUGAACUUUUCAAGCAUACCGCUCAUGCUGAAUCUGGUGGAGAGCGCGCCAGAAUCUGAUGGAAAAAGGAUACAGCGCGUGCAAGCGGAAUGGUUCGUUUGGAACACGGCUAUCUGCUGGCGCCUUGCGAAUACCAUAAAAACAACUACCAAAACCGCUUUCUAGAACAUCCACGCGGCUGCACUAAAAGUCUGGAAGUGAUCGAUUCAGUGGUUUUAAUCUAAAAAGUUAGAACGUGGCAAAGGAAAAAGUGGGACAUAUGAGUCCCACUGCCCCGCAAAGGGUUAACAGGUGUCUGCUUUAUUGGGUUUUAAAAACUCCUUUUGCUGCACCUUGGAACUCCACACUCAUAAAAUGGUUGAACCAUUGAAGGAGUCUUUUUGUCCCAAAACAAUAAUCAUCACCUGGCUUGGUUGCGUUUCCCUUUUUUUUUUUUUUUGAAAAAUGAGAGCUUGCCACUUUCCUAUUAAGAAUGCUAUGUCACACUGAUGCCAUAUCACGUUGUGCUUGUCACACUAUGCCACAGAGCUGACAUGAUCUCUGUGAUUACUGCUGUAUCAGUUGCAGAUUGAAUAUCGCAAAUUUCUUAAUUUAAGGCAGUCCUCCGAAGUUCCCUCUUAACAUAUGAUGCUAUUCGUCACGUCUGUCUGCUAAGAGUUUUCUUGUUAAUGUUACCAUAAAUGGCAAAUGCGAGCUAGGAAAUGGGGUAACCGUGCUUAUUUGGUACUCUUUGAAUCAUUUACAGCAUGAUACAACCUUAAGAAAAUAUGAUAUUUAUCUGAGCAAGAUGUAACAAAAUUUCUGAUAGGUGACUGGCGCAGACACGGCACUAACUGCAAGAACAUUGAAAAGAGAUCUCUGCACAGUGAUGUCUUCAGACGAUAACCUUUAUUUGGUCUUGUGUUGUUGGGGUCAUUAUCAUUUCUGCAUUGGCUUUCACCCUAUGAAUUCUUCAGCUGUCCUGCCAGAGCCACUUUAUAUAAGCUCACAGGUAAUGCUUGGAUCGGACACCCAGAAAUGUCAUUGGUCUUAGUUGAUCUCAUCUCAUGCAGCGUACCACAGCAUUCAUUGGAACAUGACACUUGGACUUCCUUUCAUUGAUCCACUAGCAUUUUCAUUGUGCCGCAUUGUUGCCUGCAAGAUUUCUGAACUCGCAAGGGAAAUGCCUCAGAAAAAACUGCUAGGAAUUAAUGUGGCACUAAAGGAAAACAUUAAGUCGGUUUUGAGUUGUUAAAAUAGUACUCUGAAAAUUUUGUUUAGUUCAAAUAGGUGGUUGAGUCCGAGAAAAGAAAAUCACAUUAAUUUUUUUUCUUUGAAUUUCACCUGAAAACCUCAGUGCUGGCACAUACAUCACAUAUUUCAAAGUAUUUUCUUGCAUAUAGGGCAUGGUGGCAGGCUAGAGGCUCUGUAACCUUGCCAAGUUCAGCUAUUGGCUCCUUUACAACGCCAAGUAGCUCAUUUUUGCCAAUAAAAAAUUAAAAAGGCAUUACCACCUGUUUUUUGUUCGUCGUUUCUGCCCUGUCAAGCCCACUUAGUAAGAAUGGACUUUUUCUUAUUAAAGAAUCUUAUUUACAAAUAUUUAGCUCAACAUAUAGUUCUUUUUGCCGUCCCUUUAAAGUGAACUCUGCAAAGGCCACCAAAAUUACAGUAGAUUCGCUAAUCGGGUGCAUCUUGCAUGACCCAUGUCCCUUUGAAUGAAUGGUGGCAAACUGUGCAUGUAUGCUACAGCAUGCAAGCUGCUUGCUUCAUAAAAUUGUGGCAGAGCCACUUGUUGUUCCCCAGCCUUUCAUGACAGCCUUUUCGGGUGGCACAGAAUUUCUCCAUUUUCUGGGGGUAGUGGCGGGUUCUUUCUACUCGAGAUGAAAUGCAAGUUUCCUAAUGUGUGGAGCACUCGGGGCCUCACAAGUUCUGUUUGCAGUGACAGAGUUAAGGAUAUAAAGAUGGACCGGGAUGUGAGCAUUUUGUUUUUGGGAGAAAGCUCUGCUUUUCUCUGUUUCUUUUUUUAUGUUUGCCAGGUGUAAUCAUAAGUGCUACAUUUCUAAGCUAUUAAAGGAUGCCAAGUGAAUGCGCCCUCAAAUGUUCUUCUAGUUGAUAUUCAUGUUGCUGCAGGUGGAAGAAAACUGUCAAAUGCUCGGUUUUCAAAUUUAAUUUAACUGUGACGAAUGCGACGCUUAGUUCACACUCGUAAUUUUAAAUAUUUUACGUGCAUUUAUGGAGUGAUGCGACAGGUCACUUUGGAGCACUGCGGUAGCACCACAGAUGUGUAAAACAAAUAAAUUCGAGCUUGAAUGAGUUGCAGUGGUGAUAAGAAAGCUGGAUUACCACUACUAGACCAAAUUAUUUUUAUAAUACAGGUUUGAAGCUUUCCUUAAUGACUUUUGCAGCAUUCCAUAGUACUGUGAAAUGAUUAGCAAGAUAGACUGUUGGAACAUGGCAGUUGAGGGGCUGCAGAUUGCCUGAGCAAGUGAGUGUAGAUGCAGCACAGAAAAUGCACACAGCACUGUGUGCUUUGACGGUUACCCACUGUGGCCACAGCACGGUUGUCGUGGCUUUAUGUCGCUAAGCAUGAGGCCACAGUUUUAUUGCAAUAGCAGUUGUAUGAACACUUCAGGCAUGUUUUCGCUGUCAGCGUUGUCGUGAGGUUCCGUGUAAAGUCCAAAUCGAUAACAUUGACCCACGCGUUGUAAGUUUAAGAGGUGUUUGCCAUCGGUUCUGUGCAUAGGUUCAAUAAAAUUGGCCAAGUUGUGCCUUUCCUUCUUAUGUUCUUAUGUGUAAGGCCCUAUACACUGUGUUGUAAUGCACAUAUUAUUAACUGGACAUUCUAGGGUAGUGCAAUAGUAGGAAUGCCAACCGCAGUUGCGUUUACAUCGUCUUUGUACUUACAUAAACUGUUUGUAUGCAAAAGUGACAUUUUUGACACUUGAGAGUAAUAAUUUGUCAGUGUAACAUAAUAUUUGCCUUUAUUGUUCCUUAUUUUAAAGAUUACCGAAAAUUUUGUGAUGGUGACUUCAGAAAUGAAUUGUUAUAAAGCAGGGGUCGGCAAUCUUUUGAGGUGGAGGGCAGAGUUGCAUAAAGCCGACACGGCAGGGGCCACACGACAAAGCGGGGGGAGAGGGUAGGGGCUUGCAGGCAAAGAAAAAAAAUUCUGCGAAUUGACAAUAAUGUACAAAACUGCAAUAGAAAUUAUGUUAAUUUUCAGCAUGCAUGUCACAAGGUUGAAUGC